UGCCACCUCGUCCCUCUAACGGCUUCCUGCACACCAUAUAAGGAUAUGAGGGACGGUCGGUGCGGAGUACAGUGCCCUGAUGAUCAGUGUAGCCCCAUCAGUACCACCUGUCAGUGCCCAUAAAUGCCACCUGUUAGUGCCCAUCAGAGCUGCCUUACAGUGCCGCCUAUCAGUGCCAGUCAGAGCCGCCUAUCAAUGCCCAUCUAUGCCAUAACAUUUUCAAUCAGUG